CAGAUCACGUCAAGGUUCCUGUCAGUUCAGUUCACCUGCUUUGCAAAAAGCAAUGGAAACAAUUACCCUUCGUUCUCCUCUGCUCCCCCCACCCCCACGGCCGGAUUCAAUCAAGCCCCGGCACCGGAAAUCGGCCAACUAUGACCAUCAGAACAAGAAGUCAGUCAGAGUCUUUGCCGGGAAAAGAGAUGCCUACAACCGGGACUACAAUGGCCGCCUUGUCGAUGAAAACAUGAUCGUUCUACGAAAGCGCAUACACGAGACGAAGAUGAUAGAACGGAACUACGAGCCUCCUUCCGACUGGAUGGAGUGGGAGAAGCGGUACUACGUGAAAUACGACUCGGAUAUCUGUGAAGCAAUGAGGCUUCUGCAAACCCAGCUGAUGAAUACUAGGCCAAGCUUGGCUUUGGGGAUGAUGGCUAUGGUUACACUGAGCGUUCCCUUAUCCACGGCUGUGACCUUGUCUCAUCUCUUUGAGAUAACCAAAUGCUUUCUAUCUGGGCUUCACCUUAACUGACAAUCUGACAUGCAUGAUAUCAGCUUGGUUGAUCAGUGUAUAAGGAUAGAUAGAUAUUAAGAUACAAAUACAUACAAUACUAGAGCAAAGAAAUUAAUGAAGUUAGGCUGCUUUCUUCCUCCUCUUCA